AUGGCUGCCAAUGGAGCUCUCGAGCAGCGCAGGCGUAAUGCCAAGUUUGCAAAGAAGCAGGAGAACCGUAUGGGAAAGUCGGAGGAGCAGCUCAAGACCAACAAGGCCAAGGUGGUGCGCAAGUCGCCCAUUUCCCCCGUUUGGAUGAGUCCUGGCGCUAUGCUGUCACAAUGA